AUAUUAUACACAAACAAAGCAACGGUUCACAAUUCACAAAUUGGCAAAAAUUUCACUUAUUUUUCUCUUUCCCUCUCAUAAUUUUCUCACACAGAAAAUUAUUUUUUUUGACUUUCUGUAGAUUCUGUGUGAAUACAUACAAGUCAUACGAAAUUCUCCAUUGAAAUGUCAAGCGGUGGCACCACUACCACCACCACGAGCACAACCACCACCAACUCCGCCACUGUUAUCCCCAUAACCACCACCGCUCACCACCGUCGUCGCGUCGCAGAUACUAUGUCAACCGACCCAGAAUACAACAUCUCCGAUGACGAUAACGAUAGUAACAACAACAGAAACGCAGAAAUUAGCGACAUAAAUAUUAAUAAUUGCGGUGUUUUUCAUCAUUAUCAUCAUCAUCAUCAUACGUUAGUAAAAUAUUUAUUGGUACGAAAAAAGCUACCGGAAAAUAUUGUGUUUAGAGUAGAAGAAUGGGUAUUAAGCGUUGUUACAAUUAUGCAGUCAUUGAGAUCAAGGAAGAAUAUGGUUCGCACCGUUUUCGGGCUGUUACUAUUCUUUAUGGUGGCUUCUGUGUUCUUCAAGUUUUCGUUCAAUGUUGAUGAUGUUAAUGGGAAUUUAUUGAAAAGAGAAAAUGGUAUUUUUGUUCUUCCUAAUUUCAAGAAUGAUUUGGUUAAUGCACAGAGGGUACUUUCGGAAUCAGAGUCGUCGUCCUCUUCGUCUUCUGGGGAUUUUGUGCAAAAACGUCAGAUGAAGGAGAUACCAGUACCAGAAAUAUGGAUGAAGCCAAACAGUGAUAGCCAUUACCAAUGCAUUUCCCGGCCAACGAAUCGCAUAAUAACUGGUUCAUCGACGAAUGGCUAUAUCUUAGUCCAUGCGAAUGGAGGACUAAACCAAAUGAGAACAGGGAUAUGUGAUAUGGUCGCUAUUGCAAAAAUAAUGAAUGCCACUCUUGUUCUUCCUUCCCUUGACCAUGAAUCCUUUUGGACAGAUACAAGUAAUUUUAAAGAUAUUUUUGAGUGGAGACACUUCAUUGAAGUACUAAAGGAUGAUAUUAAGAUUGUUGAGUCUUUGCCACCAAAAUAUGCAGCCGUGAAACCCCUUCAAAAGGCACCUGUGUCUUGGUCAAAGGCUAGUUACUACAGAGGAGAGAUACUUUCUUUACUAAAGAAGCACAAGGUGAUACAAUUUACCCACACAGAUUCAAGGCUUGCUAACAAUGGCCUGGCAUUAUCCAUUCAAAGGCUUCGCUGUAGAGCUAAUUAUCAGGCUUUGCGUUACACGAAUAAGAUCGAGGAGUUUGGAAAGAAGUUGGUUGACAGGCUUAGAGAUAAUGGUGAACCAUUUAUCGCUCUCCAUUUAAGAUACGAGAAAGACAUGCUAGCGUUUACUGGCUGCAGCAACAAUUUGACUGCUGAAGAGGCUGAAGAACUUCGUAAGAUGAGAUGCAAAGUGAAACAUUGGAAGGAGAAAGAAAUAGACAGCAAGGAAAAGCGACUCCAAGGGGGCUGCCCCAUGUCCCCUAGGGAAGCUGCCUUAUUUCUUAAGGCGAUAGGUUAUCCCUCUACGACCAGAAUAUACAUUGUUGCAGGGGAAAUUUAUGGCAAUAACAGCAUGGAUGAAUUCCAUUCGCACUACCCAAAUGUGUUCUCUCACUCAACCCUUGCAACAAAUGAAGAGCUCGAGGCUUUCAAGAAUUAUCAAAACCGUCUUGCUGCUGUAGACUAUGUCGUAGCCCUUGAAAGCGAUGUUUUUGCUUACACUUACGAUGGCAAUAUGGCGAAGGCUGUGCAAGGUCAUAGAAGGUUCGAAGGAUUUCGAAAGACCAUUAGCCCCGACAGGUUCAAUUUUGUAAGAUUGAUCGACUCAUUAGAUAAGGGUGAUAUCUCUUGGGAAGAGUUUGCUUCAAAAGUUAAGGUCUUACAAUCCAACAGAUUAGGAGCACCUUACCUCAGACAAGCCGGUGAAUCACCAAGAUUAGAGGAGAACUUCUACGCAAAUCCUUUACCAGGUUGUUUAUGUAAUAGAUCAGAGGAAGAAGCCAGUAAACAGCAACUCAACAAGAGACCAAGUUUUAGAGUUGCUUCACAAAGAUAAGUAUUUCCCAAAUAUCAAUACUUGUUCUAUAAAUGACCUAUAAGGGGCUGCCAGAAGUCAGGUCUUUCGUUGCCCUUCAUACUGCAGCUUGAGCAGAAACUAAGAGAGAUUAUCGUAACAACCAAGCGGCACUGGAAGCAGAGAUGGUGGUGGUUUAUAAGAUGGACAAAAGACAGCAUAUACAAAGCAGAGAUAUACUCAAAUCAUUCUUUACACUGGAAUAUAGAAUUUUGAUUCAUUUAUUAUUUAAUUUUUGUUCCGAGUUGGUUUUGUGAUCCGUUUACCCUUUGGGUUCAACAAGGAUACAUAUGUAUACUGAUUCAUGAAAUGAUAUCCAAAUCUGUACACAGAUGCAGAAUUACUCUUUUUUGUCA